CACUGAGAUAGAGAGACAAACCGAAAAAAAAAGGAUUUUUUAUUUUAAAUUUAUAUUUGUUGUUUGGGAAAAAGGGAAAAAAAAAACCCACGAGGAAAAAAAAUUAUUUUUAUUUUUAAUUAUUUUUAAUUUUUCGAAACGAAGAACCAACAACGUCGAGGUCGAAAAGCUUUAUUUUUUCUGGGAAAAAAGGGGGGUGACAAAAACAAAAACAGCAAAAAAAAAAUUAGUAACACUUCGAUUUGAGGACGUGUUUGCAUGCUUCGACAUUUUUGCUGAGAAAUUGGAGAGAGAAAUCGUUGUUAAUUUCAUGAAAUUAGGGUUCGAAUUCGUUUGUUGAAGAGGAGGAAAAAGGAAAAUCGAUUUUUUUUAUUUUCGUUUUACAAGCCCUAAAAAAACCCUAGUUUCGGAAAUUAGGGCAAAGGAUUUCAAAUUUCGCUUGCUGUUUUGCGACAUAGGUUUUGUAAUCUAAGGGUUUCGUGUUGCGGGGGUGGUGUGUUUUGCUCAGAGAUUUGACCAAAUUACAGAGCAAUGGAAGGUGACCAACUAUAGCUUUUUUGGAGAGGAAUGCAUGGAUUUAGUACUGGAUCUACUUUCCUCGUAAAUGCUGAGGUUGAUUCCAUGGGAGGAGUUGUUGACGGUGGAGUUGGUAUUGGAAACAAACCCUCUCCACGCCGAGCAGCAAUUGAGAAAGCACAGGCUGAUUUACGAGUGGAAUAUGAUGUCCGAGAGGAGAGGAGGAGAGAACUUGAGUUUCUUGAGAAAGGUGGAAACCCUCUUGACUUCAAAUUUGGUCAUGCAGCAUCGGUGAGUGUCCAGUCUACCUCACACACGUAUCAACACCCAGAUCAGAUUUUGACGAGUGAAGCAAAAGGUAGUUUUGCAUUGACUGCCUCGCCUCAUGGAGAUUCGGUUGAAAGUAGUGGAAGAUUAGGUGUUACUACACUCUGUGAGCCAAAUAGUGCUGAUAAUUUUGAUGGUGAGAACGAGAUUCUUGAAAGUGAAAGGAAGUCUAAACAUCCUACUAGAGGUACCAUCACUCCGUCAGAACAUUCUUCUCAGCUUGAUGGGAGCCAAAAUGUCAAGGAGUCUGAGGACUCUCCUAUUUUCCAUCCCAAAAAAGGUCAAGCGUAUAGGAGAAGGAAUCGGUCAAGGACAAAUCGUGAUGGCCCUCGAUCAAGUUCCAGUGACAUGGCAUCACGCGGACAGAAUUCUUCUUUGCCUGGUCGACAUGCGAUCCUUGCCAAACCUGUUGCAUCCGAGUAUCAGUUUGAAUUGGAAUCAGAAGGCACCCAUGGUUUGCAUACAUCUACAUGCUCAAGAGCCAGUGAAAUUUCUGAAGGUAAGUUAACUAUAUCAACUUCGAAGGAAAAUCGGGAGGAGCUGCAAAAUUCAAGUGUAAAAGCUGAUGAGAUUCCUGCUGCUGCAACCAAUGUCGAACCUGAUAUAGUUGCAGGAAAGGAGACUGUAGUUCCUGUAGAUGCUGGAGGUCCUCCGUGUUCUGGUACAGAGAAAAAGGAAGAUAUUGUUAGUGCCUCACGACUGGAUGAAUCUGGUAAAUUCAAUGGAGAUGGCAAGCCAACACCAAAUGAUGCAAUUAUUAGUAAUGAUGCAGUUGUUACAAAAGGAUUAGAUUCUGAAUCCUCGUGCACCCGUACUAGCCGUAGUGUAGAUGGAAAUGGAAAUAUUGAGAUUGAUUUGUAUACUAACUUAAAGAAUGUAGAUAGUAAUGGGGUCCCUAAGGAGCACAAGUUACCACUUGGGGAGAAGUGCAUCAAUGUAGAUGAUGAAAUGCUGAGUGAGAAGCAUGUUACCAAUCCACUAGACAGUGUUUCUUGUAUUAAGGAGGAUCAGCAUUCUAUCAGCCACCAUGGCAAUGGUUUUGCCGAUAAAGAUCAAGAGGUUGAUAGAGAUAGAUAUCCUUCUACAGACAAGCCCGACUUUCCUAUAAAUAGAGAGGAGUUAUUGGCACUUGAUCAUGCUGAGACAAAACCAGAUAAAGACCACGGUCAUGAUUCCGUUCAGAAAGUAGAGAGCUCUUGUCCUGUUAGACCUCUUUCUUCUGUGGAACCAUCUUCCCAUGAAGUUAAUAGGAAUGAUUUGUCUGCACCGCCUCCUGCUUCGAACACUCAAACUUCUAGAGAAAACCAGCGGAAGCAGCUUGACAAGGCACAUGAGGACAGGGUAUUGGAAGAGGCACGGAUUAUAGAGGCCAAACGUAAAAGGAUAGCAGAGUUAUCUGUUGGUUUGACUCCUAGGGAGCACCGCCGUAAGUCUCAAUGGGACUUUGUCCUUGAAGAGAUGGCGUGGUUAGCCAAUGAUUUUUCACAGGAGCGUGUUUGGAAAUUAACAGCUGCUGCUCAAAUUUGCCACCGGGCAGCCUUUGCUUCUCGAUUAAGGUUGGAGAAACAAAAUAAGAGCUGGAAGCAGAAAAGUGUAUCCCUCACAUUGGCAAAGGCUGUGAUGGAGUUUUGGCAUUCAGCAGGUCUUCGUGUUGAGAAUGUUACGCACAAUGCUUCAUCAGGGGCAGAUAAAACUGGACAGGUGAAGGAUGUGGCUGGAGGUUUUGAAAAGGAUGACGUUUCUGAAAAGAAGCUGCAAUCUACUGGAUGUAAACGGGAUCUCGCUGUCUAUGGAUAUGCAGCUAGAUUUUUGCAAUAUAAUCGCUCUUCACCACCUUUUGUCAAAGUUGAGGGUUCAGGGACUCCUGAUGUAGCAUGUGAUAUUGACUUAAUAGGAGUUUCUUGGCAGGACCAGCUUACAGAGGAAAAUCUCUUUUAUUUGGUUCCUCCUGGUGCAAUUGGAAUCUACAGAAAAUCAAUUGAACAGUGUUUGUCAGAUUUUGAGAGGGUGAGCAACAAUAUACAGGAGGAAGUUGAUACGUCUUUAUAUGAUGCUGCCACAGAAAUUGGAUAUCAAGAGAAUGAUUAUGAAGAAGAUGAAGGAGAAAAUGGUUACGAUCUACCAUUCGACUCUGGGAGAUCGUCAAAAAAGAAACGGAAAAACAUGAAAUCAUAUGAAUACGGUGGUGACUUUGGCUACGUACGCUCCCUGGAUAGCAGGAAUGGAACCCCACAGUCUGCUUUAGUGGGAAAAAGGCCUGCCAACAAUCAUGGUGUUGGUUCUAUUCCCACAAAAAGGAUACGCACUGCAUCUAGGCCGAGAGUUGUUGGUCCCUUUGGUGCUGGAUCGGCUGGGGUCACUCUAGCACCAAGUAGGGCAGAUGCUUCUAGUGGAGAUACCAACUCUUUCCAGGAUGACAUUGUCCCAAGAGGCUCAGAGGUUGAUUCUGGCAUGGGCUUUGAGAAUCAGUCUUCAUUUGAUUCUCCAGAAAUUUCGGCAAAGCCUAAGAAGAAGAAGAAAAUUAAGCAUCCGGGUGCAGGAUAUGAUCCCAAUUGGCAGGUUGACUCUUCCUUGCAUAAUGAACAGAAAGAUCAUGCGAGAAAGAGAUACGAGAGUUACCAGCUUGAACCCAAUGGGAAUAGCGGUAUGUAUGCUCAACACACUAAGAAGCCGAAGACAUUUAAGCACCCAUUGGAUAAUCCAUUUGAUAGCACAAUGCCCAUGGCUGGGUCAGUUGCUUCACCAGUUGCUUCACAAAUGAGUAACAUGUCCAGCCAGAGCAAAAUCAUUAAAUUGAUUGGUGGCCGGGAUAGGAGUAGAAAAGCGAAAGGGCUUAAGGUGCCUGCUGCUCAGACUGGUUCGGGAAGCCCGUGGACUUCAUUUGAAGAUCAGGCACUUAUUGUGCUUGUUCAUGAUAUGGGUCCAAAUUGGGAGCUUGUAAGCGAUGCUAUUAACAGUACUUUACGAUUCAAGUGCAUUUUCCGCAAGCCUCAAGAUUGCAAGGAGCGGCACAAACAUUUGAUGGACAGGACUCCUGGUGAUGGUGCUGAUAGUGCUGAGGAUUCUGGAUCUUCUCAACCUUAUCCAUCUACGUUACCUGGGAUACCAAAGGGAAGUGCAAGACAAUUGUUUCAGCAACUGCAGAGACCGAUGGAGGAGGAUACUAUUAAGUCCCAUUUUGAGAAGAUCUUCCUUAUUGGGCAGCAACUACAUUACGGGAAGAAACAGAAUGAUAAUCAGGAUUUGAAGCAAUUAACACCUGUUCAUGGUUCACAUGUUGUUGCACUCUCCCAAGUCAGUCCGAACAAUUUGAAUGGGGUGAUUCUGACGCCACUUGAUCUGUGUGAUAUUGCUCCAUCCAACCAAGAUGUUCCUCUUGGGUUUCAAGGCUCACAUGCCGGAGGGUUGGCAAUGCCAACUCAGGGUCCAUCACCAUCAAUAUAUCCAUCUGGUGGGCUCAAUUCCUCGAUCCCAUGUCUUCCAGGUUCUCCUAGCAUGGGUAGUGUUAACAAUUUGGCAUCUCAGUCUUCUCAGUUCACUAACGCUCGGGAUGCUAGAUACCCAGUCCCUAGGUCUACAUCUUUGCCGGUAGAGGAGCAGCAAAGACUACAGCAGUACAAUCACAUGAUACCUGGAAGAAAUGUUCAGUCGUCAAACUUGUCGGCUGGGUCUCUUUCAGGACCUGAUCGAGGUGUGCGUAUACUUCCUGGUGGAAACGGCGUUGCCAUGGCAGCCGGAAUGAGCCGAAGUAUGUCAAUUUCAAGACCAGGACUUCAAGGAAUUUCAUCUUCACCAAUGCUGAAUACUGCUCUUUCCUCCAACACGGGAGGGAUGCCUAGCAACAUGAAUAUGCACUCUGGAACAGCUUCGGGUCAAGGAAAUUCAAUGUUUAGACAUCGUGAUGCAUUGCAUAUGGUGCGGCCUGGACAGAGUUCAGAGCAUCAACGUCAGAUGACGUUGCCAGAAUCUGGUAGCCCAGGAGUCCCUCCUUUUGGUGCUUUGAGUUCUGGCUUCACUAAUCAGACUGCUUCUCCACCUAUUCAAGCAUAUGCUGGCCACCACCACCAACAACAUCCGAUGCCACAGCAACAUUCCCAUGUGCUUGGUAGUCCUCAUCAUUCGCAUCUCCCAGGACAGAAUCACACUGUCACUCCAGAGCAACAAGCCUUUAUGCGUCUUCAAAGAGACCGGCAGAUUCAGCAAAGAUUGUUGCAGCGGCAGCAUCAACAGCAACAGCAACAGCAACAGCUUCCCGCAUCAGGUGCAUUGAUGACACAUGCCCAAACUCCUUCCCAGCUACCUGCAUCAUCUUCUGUGCAGAAUGCUUCCCAGAUUCAAUCACCAUCUGCUUCUCAGCCUGUAUCGUUGCCUCCACUAACUCCUUCAUCUCCAAUAACUCAUGUGUCUUCCCAGUCAUCGCAGUCGCUAAAGCACCAUGUGGGGAAAGCAACACCUCAAGGACUUGGGCGGAAUGCACAAAGUGGUCCAAGUGGAUUGAUGAAUCAGGUGGGUAAACGUCAACGGCAAGCACAACAGCUUCCACAGCAGUAUCAGCAAUCUGGUAGGCAACAUCCACAACAGCGUCAACAAUCACAGCCUCAGCAGCAGGCUAAACUAUUGAAAGGAGUGGGAAGAAGUAACAUGCUGAUGCAUCAGAAUCUUCCCAUGGAUCCAUCUCAUCUGAAUGGCCUUACAGCGAACUCAGGAAAUCAAGCUGCUGAAAAAGGGGAGCAAGCUGUGCAUAUGAUGCAACCUCAGGGCUUAUAUUCAGGGUCUGGUGUAAGUACAAUGCACCAAUCAAAACCUUUGGCCUCAACCCAGAAUUCAAGUCAUUUGCAACAUCAAAAGCCAUAUGCAAAUUCAGUUCCAGCAACACCAAAGCAAGUUCAACAAAUACCUUCUCACUUGGAAGGUAGCAACCAGGUUCCUGCAGUUUCUUCUAAUCCUGCAUCAGCAGGCUCAACCCAAGGACUUUCAUCAACGGCAAUGCCUUCUCCUAACCAUCAACCAUUACAAGGACAUUCACAACCUCUCCGAAAGGCUGUUAAUCAAUCUCAGCCUGCUCUUCAAAGGGCUGUUCAACAAAAUCGUCAAGUGAAUCCUGAUACGGUGAACAAGUCGCAACCUGAUCAUGCCCCAUUGGAGCAGCAGCGAGCGAAUAAUGCUUCUUUAAAUGCCGGUGUUCAACCAGCAUGUGUUGAUUCUACCAGUGCCUUACCUCUUUCAUCUUCUGCCAGCACUUGUGCGCGUAGACAAGCUCAGGACCCUCUAAGCGAUACCAAUAUGAAUAAUGCACCCACUUCAUCAGGUCCUGUAAGCAGUCCAGCUAUUACAACUUCAUCAGGUAAUGAGACAUUAACACCAGUUAGCGAUGGUCUUGGGGAGAGGCAGCAGUCAGGCAACGUGGAAGCUCAUGGGCAUGGGGUGCAAUUCCAGAACACGUCACCACUUCAACCCAUAUUACCGCAAAAGCAGUCACAGCACCAGCUGCAGCAACUUGAAAAAUCCCGCCAGAUAGUGCCACAACAACAGCCUCAGUCACAGAUUCAAGCUGCGCAAAGCAGUGUGCUAGCAAGGACCCCUAAUUCAAGAUUGGAAUGAUCCUUACCAUUGAUUGAGAGCAAGUCUCGGCACGCUUGUGCCUUCCAGGAUCAAAUCGGCAUGCUCUUGUAACAGCAAUGUACAGAUGGAGCUGUUAAAUUUGCAAGGGCUCUACAGGAAAAGGUAAAUGGGAUGAUGAUCGUAGCUUCCAGGUUACUGACUUGACAACUUUAGGCAGGCUUUUUUGGGUUUAUAAUGUAUAUUACCGCUGCUUAGAGCUUUGUAAAGAUAGAGACAUAUAGAGGUAUGUGUACAGGAUCUCUUAUCUCUAUCUUGUUAACCACCUUUUUUUUUAUCCUUUUCCUUUUCUCCCCUAAUUUGGGUUUCCUGGUCAUUGAUAUGGGGUUUAUUCCUUUUCACCCCCCCCAAAAAAAUAGUUAGCGCAUGUAUAAUUUUGGUUGGAGUUAAGGGGGAAGCUUCAUUGUUACAGGCAAAUGCCUUUGGAAAUUUUGUGAAUAUAGCUUCGUAGUGUAUAAUGAAUUUUCUUUUAGUCA